AUGGAGUCCGGCCGCAAGUCAGAUACCAAGUCGGACAACAAACCCGGGAACGUAGCCCACGUCCCUCCUCAACUGUCCGACCUGCAUUGCUUCACCGAAACCGAAGGCGUCAUCACAACCACCAUGUUCGAUAUCCCAGGGUACCGCAUCGUGCGCGUCCUGGGCGUCGUGUACGGCCUGACCGUCCGCUCGCGCAACUGGGCCGCGGGGCUGGGCAUGGUGCUCAAGUCCAUCGCCGGCGGCGAGCUGCGCUGGUUCACCUCCAUGCUGUACAACGGCCGCAACGACGCCAUCUCGCGCGUCGUCGCCGAGACCAAGCAGCGCGGCGGCAACGCCGUCGUCUGCCUCCGCUUCGACAGCGGCAACCUGGAGGGGUUCGCCCAGCUUUGUGGCUACGGCACCGCCUGCGUCGUGGAGAAGAUUGAAGGGAGCGAUGCUGUUGCUACGCAGCUGUAGUGUCGAAAGAUGUGACAAGUCGUGUGGUGGAAGUCUUGUGGAAGUCUUGUGGAAGGCUUUGUGGAAAUAUCAUAAAGGGGCGCGAUAGUAAAAUACCCAAAUUGAAUCGGAGUUCUAUGGUAAUUAUUUUCGCGUUUCUCGUCGUCAUUCAUUACCUUGUCUUUUGCGAAACCCUCCUUCGUCCAGUCUUUUGUGGAAGUGCAAU